UCUUUUGACCAUGAUUGCCCCAGCAGCAGUAGGAGAGGAUCUACCCCAGUGCUUAGAACUGUGUGUGGCACAUGACAGCAGUAGGAGAGCCUGCCUUGACCAACACUCCUUCUAAGGACUGAACAGGCCAGAAUCAGCCCCAGCUGCUCUGGCCAGACUGUGAUGGGGACAGGAAAAAAAGGAAGCCUGAGUUUUGGGGAGCAGAGAGAAUGAAGAGGGCAAAGGAGAAUGAAUGUUUAAGGAUUUCUUUUUUCAAAGGUUGAAGCUGGAGAAGAAAAAUAGAUUGUUAGACCUCGGUGGAAGUCAAGAACUUAUAUUAAGAUCUGAAGGAACAAGGAACCCCCUAGGAGAAUGGACAGUGUCAUUAGGACCAAGAAGUGAGGUUGUUCUCAACGAGCUUGUGAUGAGCUCUUCAAACUGCCCCGAGAACCAUCAUGAAGCUCUUGGACUGCAUGGUGACCCAGGCAAGCAGGGAGCCAGGAUUGAAAUUCGGAAUGUUAAAGCUGGAAGAGCAUCUGAAGGAGGGCAAAGCUGGAACCUCCGUCCUGAGAGCCGUGCCCGAGGAUGGAAGUGGAGAAAUCUCGACCGUUGUGGACCAACCCCUUACAGUUUGUGUUCGCCUGCAUUUCCUAUGCGGUGGGCCUGGGGAACGUGUGGAGGUUCCCGUAUCUGUGUCAGAUGCACGGAGGCGGCGGGUUUUUGGUGCCAUACUUCAUCAUGUUGAUUGUGGAAGGGAUGCCUCUGUUAUACCUGGAGCUGGCGGUGGGGCAGCGCAUGCGUCAGGGGAGUAUCGGGGCCUGGAGGACCAUAAGCCCCUACCUCCGCGGGGUCGGCAUCGCCAGUGUGGUGGUCUCGUUUUUCCUUUCCAUGUACUACAAUGUAAUAAAUGCCUGGGCCUUUUGGUACCUUUUCCACUCUUUCCAGGAUCCCUUGCCGUGGUCUGUCUGCCCACUGAAUCAUAACCGCACGGGCUAUGAUGAAGAAUGUGAGACCGCCUCCUCAACUCAGUACUUCUGGUACCGGAAAACCCUCAACAUCUCCUCCUCCAUCCAAGAGAAUGGGGGCAUCCAGUGGGAGCAGGCCCUGUGCCUGAUCCUGGCUUGGCUGGUGGUGUAUCUGUGCAUCCUGAGAGGGACAGAGUCAACGGGCAAGGUGGUCUAUUUUACUGCUUCCUUGCCAUACUGUGUCCUCAUCAUAUACUUAAUCCGUGGCUUGACACUCCACGGGGCUUCGAAUGGACUGCGGUACAUGUUCACCCCAAAGAUAGAGCAACUGGCAAACCCCAAGGCCUGGAUUGAUGCGGCGACUCAAAUCUUCUUCUCCCUGGGUCUGGGGUUCGGCAGCCUGAUCGCUUUCGCCAGCUACAACGAACCCAGCAACAACUGCCAGAAACACGCCAUCAUCGUGUCCUUGAUCAACAGCACCACCUCGAUCUUCGCCAGCGUCGUGACUUUCUCCAUCUACGGCUUUAAGGCGACCUACAACUACGAGAGCUGCAUCAACAAGGUGAUCCUGCUACUGACCAACGUUUUCGACCUGGAGGACGGAUCCCUGACGGCCAGCAACCUCGAGCAGAUGAAGGAUUACCUAGCGGCUACCUACCCAGAUGAAUACGCCGAGGUGUUCCCACAGAUGAAAAAUUGCAGUUUGGAAGCGGAGCUGAACACGGCCGUCCAAGGGACUGGACUGGCAUUUAUUGUCUACAGCGAAGCCAUUAAAAACAUGGAGGUGUCCCAGCUGUGGUCAGUGCUGUACUUCGUCAUGCUGCUGAUGCUGGGGAUAGGGAGCAUGCUGGGCAACACUGCCGCCAUCCUCACCCCUCUGACGGACAGCAGGUUCAUUUCCACCCACCUGCCCAGGGAGGCAAUCUCAGGUCUGGUGUGUUUCCUUAACUGCAUCAUCGGCUUGGUGUUCACCAUGGAAUCCGGAAACUACUGGUUUGACAUAUUCAACGACUACGCAGCCACCCUGUCCUUACUGCUCAUCGUCCUGGUGGAGACCGUUGCUGUCUGUUACGUUUAUGGGCUAAGGAGGUUUGCAAACGAUCUUAAAAUGAUGACAGGGCGGAAGCCAAACUGGUACUGGAAAACCAUGUGGGCAUUUGUCAGCCCCGUCCUAAUCGUCAGCCUUUUCAUCUUCUACCUGGUGGACUACAUCCUCUCCGGAACCCUGCAGUAUCAGGCUUGGGACGCCACCCAGGGACAGCUGGUGACUAAAGACUACCCACGCUCGGCCUUGGCUGUGAUCGGACUGCUCGUGGCCUCGUCCACCAUGUGCAUACCUUUGGUGGCUCUCGUGACUUUUUUCAGAAAGAGAUCGAAAGGGAGGAAGCCGGCCACGGUGGUCUGAUCCUCGGGCCGGGAGGGAGCCUCUUCCUCAACACUUCUUCCUGGAGCGCCGCCGCAGCCGGCCGCCGCUGGCAAGCCAGGGUCCAUCGCCGAGGGCAGGAAGGAAAAUACCAUACUGAUAGAUUUAGAAGACGGCCUUAGGCCGCCACUGUCUUUUAGGAGAGAGGAAGUUCUCCAGAACACAUCUAGAAGGUCUCCUUGGAGGAGGACAGCGGCGGCUCAAGAAAAUCCAUCCCCACCCUGCCGAGCUGGUGAGCCCCGGGGACGCCCUCCCUGAGCAAAGACCGCUAACCCUCUUUCCGGCUGGGGGACGGAAGGUCCCAAUCAGCCAAGAACCACUCCCUGGACAGAGACACAGAGUACAAGUAAAUCCUUUAAAAGAAAAA